UGACUUCAGUUUGCGAUGGGUCUCAGGUUGCCUUUGGUCUUCAUCUUAUGUCUUGCGGCAUUGAGAAGCAGUGCCUAUAAAGUGCCGAAUGCUAGAGUCCGUGUAUUUUAUCCAAAAGGUUUUGAGGUGUCGAUACCACAUGAACCAGGAAUCUCUUUGUUUGCAUUUCAUGGCAAAGUGAACGAAGAAUUUGAUGGCUUGGAGGCUGGUCGUUGGGCUCGAGAUAUACCCACUGCAAAGAAGGGACGUUGGACAUUUCGGGAUCGCGAAACUGUUUUAAAUUUGGGCGAUACUCUAUAUUUCUGGACAUAUGUCAUUUACAAUGGCCUCGGCUAUCGUCAGGAUGAUGGAGCUUUCGUCGUUUCCGCCUAUGACAGACCUUAAAAAAAUUGGUGAACCGAAAAUUUACAAUUGACGGUGCCAUAUAGAAAAGCUUUUGCUCAAAAGCUACCAAUAUUAAAAACCAGUUAUACUUAAGUACAUAUGGGAAAAAUGAAAUCACUUCAACAAGAUUUUUCUAUACAUAUGUAUAUAUUCAGAAUUGGUUGAUUUAAUGAAUCAUCUAUUUGAUUAUAUUUUUAAGAGAGAGUUUAUUUAGAAUGUCUAACUUUUUGAGCACACUAAGCGUAUGCGUAAUGCUGGGUUUUUUGCAGGUUUUUUGUAGACAGUUAAAUCCUUAGCUUAAAUUUUAAGGCAAAUUGUCAUUUCCUUCCACCAUGAAUAAGCUGAGAAAAAUUUUCAAAAAGUCGUUCCGUAAGUUAUCCACUUAAAAUUUUGACUUUACCAUAUUUUUUUUUUAUGUUCAAAUCUGUGGUCUAUAUAAUCUAUAUCACAUACAAUAAAAGGUGAAAAUAUUGACCGUCGA